CUUUCUUUGUAUGAAAGUUAGUGAUUCAUCUCUAUGGGAUUUGGUAAAUGAAAUUUGGAAACAAGACUCAUUAAAUUCUGACAUACCUGAUUUCUAAGAAUUCAGAGUUGACCUCUCAAAUAUAGAGCAUUCCAAUUAUGGCCAGCCUAGCUCAUAGACCAGUUCUAUUCUUUGAUAUAGACAAUUGUCUAUAUCCAAAGUCAACCCAAGUUCACAGGCUAAUGUCAGAUCUCAUUGACGCAUACUUCGAAACGCACCUCUCGCUGUCUCAAGCAGAUGCCAACCAACUACACAUGCGAUACUAUAAAGAAUACGGUCUUGCCAUCGAAGGACUUGUCCGCCACCACAAGGUCGACCCUCUUGAUUACAACACCAAAGUUGAUGAUGCACUGCCCCUCGAGGGUGUGAUCAGACCAAACCCGAAGCUCCGAAAAAUGCUCCAAGACUUGGAUACGACCAAAGUCAAGCCAUGGUUACUGACGAAUGCGUACAUAAGUCACGGGAAGCGAGUUGUCGAACUACUCGAGGUUGACGAUAUGUUCGAGGGCAUUACGUUCUGCGACUACGGCGCCGAGAAGUUUGUUUGUAAGCCAGCCAGAGAGAUGUACGAGAAGGCGAUGAGGGAAGCAGGCGUCAAGGAUACUGGGAACUGCUUCUUUGUUGAUGACUCUUUCAUCAAUUGUAAAGCGGCAAAGGAGCUUGGCUGGACUGCUGCGCACCUGAUCGAUUCGACGGAGCCAGAACCCACGACCAGAGCCUCACAGUAUCAAAUCAAUGAUCUUGAGGAGUUGCGAGACAUAUACCCGCAGUUCUUCAAAUCGGCAUAGUAUUCCUAUAUAGUCCAUCUAAGGCUAAAGCUUCACGAGAACGGGCGCACGCCGUAGCAUCGACGAUACCCAAUAAGUAUAGGGAGUUAAUGGCUUAUCCUACAUAUCAUGAUUGGCAAUCUUGAUAUUCCAGGUUGGAUAGCGAUUGUUUUGUGCCAGAUGUGCCAGAUCGCCCAGCCCAAUAGACUGUGAUCCUGUUUUACAUGCGAGUACACCAAACACCAGAUAUAAGAAGUAUUUAUACAAUCCAACCCUUACCAGUAGUCAAUGCACUUGCACUUCUUC